AUGACUUCCAAAAACCACUUUCCUCACGUGCUCAUUCUUGGAGGCGGCAUUGGCGGCCUGACACUCGCCCAGGCCCUAAGAAAGAAAGGGAUCUCGUUCUCGAUCUUCGAACGAGAUUCAGAGCAGAAUUCUCGCAGCCAAGGAUGGUCUAUAGGAUUACACACCACGCUAGACGACCUUAAAGCCAGCAUUUCGGACGACAUGCCGCCCCUCGAGACAGUAUUCCAUCUCCAUCCGCUUAAAUUUCCUUCGCAGCUUGCUGUAUAUAAGGCACAGAACCCGGGUCAACGACAUGGUGUGACCGAUGAUGGUUCUGGCAAGCUGCUCAGGGCAAAUCGUAAGCGACUGAGGGAAUUUCUGAGUACUGAGAUUCCGGUCCAAUUCGGAAAGCAAGCGGCCAGAAUUGAGGAGAAUGGUCACAGUGUAACAGUACAGUUCAAAGAUGGGACUUCUGCUAGUGGUGAUUUUCUGGUUGGUGCAGAUGGCGUGCAUAGUAUUGUCCGCCGCUACCUACUCUCUCCUAAUAAAGACAAGCUUAAACGACUGCCUAUAGCUACUAUUAUUGGCGAAGUCACACUAGAAAACGAGGAUAUGGAGCGACAGCUCGAACUUGGCCAUUCUUGCUACAUUGUUCGCGCAGACAACAACAUAACUGGCUCCGGGGAUUUGGUGAUGUUUGUGGGUGUCAACGAUGUCCUUCCUGAUGCUAAGUCAGGGCUAUAUUACUGGUUUUUGAUCUGGCCGGACGAGGCUGCGACCCAAGGACCACACUGGACUGCUACUGCAAGCCAACAAGAGCUUUUAUCCGCAGCAAAAGCCAUGACCAAGAAUUUUGCGCCGGAUUUCAAAGCCAUUGUAGAGAAGACAUCUGUUGAAGGAAUGAGAGCGCCACCUCUCGUUAUGUACGAUGUCGAGCUGUCCGCCGAGGAUAUCAGCGCUGGCAGAGUUGCGUUGUUAGGUGAUGCAGCACACUGUAUGACGCCUUUCUCGGGCCAAGGAGGUGUCACUGCUAUUCGAGAUGCACUUGACCUGGCUCGAACCCUGUCACGCGUUGCCGAGGAUAAUCUCACAGGUGUGGAUCUAGAAGCUGUUAUGGCUAAGUACAGGGACACUAUGCUUGAGCGUGGUGUUCGAGCUGUGCAAGUAUCGCGAGACGCGAUCAUAAAGAGCAAUCUGGUUAGGGAGGGCGCUCCUUUUGCUUAUGGGCAGCGUUCGAAGCCAAUACCUCUGGAAAAGAUUCAUCUGUAA